AUGGCAGUUGAGAUUCUAGAGAUCAUGGAAGAGUCUGUCGUAACGACCAAAGCGGCGAUGCUCAUCCGAAGGGCCCUAUCAAGGGCUCAACGGAGAAAUCCGAAGUCGGGCCAUGCUAGUGAAACCACUGAAGACAGCAACCUCUUCCCAUUCAACCAGCAUUGGGGUGAAUUCAGCAUGAAUAACGAUAAUUCUGAUUUUGGCUUCCCCUUUCAGUUCAAAGAUCUGGGAAUGGAUCAUUAUUUUGGAGAUCUCAUGGCAUCUCUUGGCUCUCCCUGA